UGUUUUGUUUUGUAAGAGAAGAAUAUUACAAAGAAAGAAGCUCAAAACCAAGACGCCGCUUAUGAAUAUCACAUCUCUUUAAUGGCCUCCUUCUUCUUCUUCUUCUUCUCUAACAAACUUCUUUAAUGGCGAUUCAUCUUUCUUCUUCUUCUUCUCGCUUCUCCAAAUUCCGCUCCUUUUCUACUCUACCUGGAUUUCAACCUUUUCAUUCAUCUUCCUCUCUUAAGUUUUAUGAAUCAAGCAUUCGACGACGUGGUCGUGGUGGUGGACGUUUACGCCGCCGGAGAAAUCUGGAGUUAAGGGUGUUUAAUGAUGAUUCGUUUGACAUACCUGUUCUUGAUGAUUGGGGUGACAGUGCGAUUACUCAUGGGUAUAUACUUUCUUCCAGUGAUGGUGAAAAUAGUGAUUCUGAAUUUAUACUUUCUCCAGUUAGUGAUAUGGAUUUGCCUUCUACCUCUGUAUCCAAUAAUGAUGCUGUAUCCCUUGCUGCUCAUCGGUUUGGAAUGGUUGGGAGAGGGCACAAGAGACAUAGGAUUAGAUAUGGUGUGUUACUCAAUAUAGGCUUAAUAGUUUUCUUCACAGUGUUAUUGGUGUACGUAGAUUGGUGUGCAUGGAGAAUUGUUAGACUUCCUUUAGAACCAUUUCAUUUGACUCGCCCCUUUCUCCUGUCAGCCAUAAUAUCCUCUUGUGCUGGCUACGUUUGCGUACCUUUACUCUACGGUUUAAAAAUGUAUCAAAUUCUCAGAAAAGAAGGGCCUGCAAGGCACUCUAUUAAAAAGAGAACCCCAACAAUGGGGGGAUUGUUUUUUGUUCCGGUAGGUGUGAUCGUGGCAAAAUUUAUUGCUGGUUUCUCAUCUACUGAAGUUUCUGGAGCUGCUGCUGCUACUCUGGCCUUUGGUGCAAUUGGGCUACUUGAUGAUGUCUUAAGCCUAAUCAAGAAUCGCAAUAGUGGUUUAUCUGCUCGAAUGAAAUUGCUUUUGGAGGUAGCAGUUGGGAUCUGCUUUUCAUUUUGGCUGAAUACUAGAAGUGUCUCGUCACCCUACGGCAUGAAAAUGUUGGUUCCCCUUCCUGCACCUUUGGGUCUUGUCCAGCUGGGAAAAUGGUAUCUAUUGUUGACUUCAUUUUGUUUUGUUUCUAUGGGAAACGGAGUCAAUUUAACAGACGGUCUUGACGGGUUGGCUGGGGGGACUGCUGCCUUAGCAUUUGUGGGAAUGUCAAUUGCAGUGCUUCCAAUAUGUCCCGAUCUUUCAAUAUUUGGGGCCUCAAUGGCAGGAGCCUGUGUUGGCUUUCUUCUGCACAAUCGAUACAAAGCAUCGAUUUUCAUGGGCGAUACUGGAUCAUUAGCUCUCGGUGGUGCUUUAGCAGCAAUGGCUGCCUGCACGGGAAUGUUCUUUCCGCUGUUCAUUUCAUCCGCGAUCUUUGUUUUGGAAGCAUCAUCGGUGGUUAUGCAGGUUCUAUACUUCAAAACAACGAAACACUUUUCGGGUUAUGGUCGUCGUCUUUUCCGAAUGGCCCCGAUUCAUCACCAUCUCGAACUAUGUGGGAUCAAAGAACCGUUGAUUGUGGCCGGUGCCUACGUUAUAUCAUCCUCGUUGGCGUUGUUUGCCGGGUAUUUGGGCCUUAUUUCUGCCUAGGAUUUUUAGAUCUUUGCCUACCACACCUUUGUAGUUAGUUAAUUUGAGCCACACAAAGAAAAAGAGAAAAGAAAAAAAAGUUUAGUUAGGAAUACGUUUCAAUUUCAGUCAUUUAAAUUUCUAAGGUGACCAAUCCAUUGUUAUACAUUAUAUGCCAAUUUUGAGAUGAAAAUAAGUGAAUAUACAAAUGUCACAUAUAAUAUCUUGACAUUGAA